AUGUAACCUCAAAUUUCAGAAAUAUAGGGAAAUAAUUACUUUGAUUUGAUAAGUGUUCCUCCAUCAAUGAGAAAGCAAAGUGCAAGAGUAGAUUAAAGACCAAUCCAAACUAGUAAAUUGUAUUUUGAAUCAGAUUCUAAUAUUGAUAAGUAAAUAUGAAUGAUUAGGGUCAAGCACAUAAUCUUUGCAUAGUCUAUUACAAUAGAAAGAGGCAUAAUUAGAUUCUUUAUAGAGAAAAUACUUGUAAAUUAGAUAAGUAAAAUCCAGAAAGCCUUAAGGAUAAAACUUUAUGCAUGGCUAUUUAGAUGACUUAAUUAAUUCUUUCAAAGAUAAGGUUGAUAGUAACAUAAUUAGUGAGUUUAUAAAUUAUUCAAACUCAAUGAAUGAAAUCUAUAGGAUAUAAUAAACUCAUUUGCAUCUUUGUUAAUAACGAUUAUAGUAAGCAGAUGCAUUGGUUGAAUAACUUAAAAUACUUAAAGAAGCUGAUCUCUUUAACCUAAAGAAAAUAAUUUAAUCUUUAUAAGAGUCAUUAUAAUAAGCUUAAGUUACAGAAUUAGAUUCAAAUAAAUUGUAUAGAGAUCUUUAGAAUAUGAGAUUAAAGUAUGCUAAAUUGUAAAAUCAGUUUGAGAUAGUUCAAAAGUAGAACGAAUAUACAGAAAAAAAUAUGCAAUCAAUUAAGUAGCAUCUUCAACAUACAAAUGAAGAGACUUAGGUUUAUAAGAAAACAUUAAGAAAAGAAGCUAGUUAAAAUUAAUUAAAUUAAAGAAGAGUUUUUACAUUAGAAUAAAGACUAGAAGUUUUAAGUGGAAGUGAUUAUAAAAAAGUAAAAUUCUACAAAAAAUAUUUUAGGAUAAAGAUACAUUGAGAAAUAUUAUUGAAGACAUGUUAAAAGAAAAUGAAGCAAACAAGAGAAAGGCAUUCUAAAAAUGUCAAGAAGUUUCAAAAUUAGAACAAGCAGUUUAAGAUUUGAAAGAAAAAAAUUAGAAACUACAAAAGAGAAACAUGCUUUUAGAGAAACAAUUAAAAUUAUUAGGAUAUUCAGCCUAUGAUUUAAAUGGAAAUACUAUAGCUUAAAAGACUAUAGUAGAAUAGAAUGAUCCAGAUGAUGAGACAGUUGAUGUCUUUUAGUAAGUGAACUUGCCAAAUAAAUUAGAUUUUAAAUAUAAUAAUUUAAAAUAGAGGCAAAAGAAUUAAGUACAAGACUUAUUAGAAUGUGGUAUCAAAUAAGCUAUUGAUUAAUUAUUUCAAAUGGAUUAACAACAUUAAGUUGACUAAAUUAGCAUAUAUAUGGAUUUAUUUGUAUAGUAUAAAAACUUAGGAGAAAGUGUAAAUAGUUUAAUAAAUUUGAUCAAAUAGCUCUUAAAGAUAGAUUAGAUAGAAUAAUUAAUGUAAAAGCUCAGUUGUGAUUCAUAGUUAUUUAAUUGUGAAUUGAUUUAGUUAUGGCUGAUAGAUUAAUAGACAGCAACAUUUUAUACUUAUAAUUAAAAAAAUGAGUUGGUUAAUGCAUAUAUAGACACAGAUGAAUUUCUGAAUGUAGUAAAGUCUUCAUAGCCAAUUUAUAAACAAUAGGCAUUUGUUUAUAGAAAUAUUAAUACUGCUAGAUUUGCAAAGGACUGUUAUCUUAUUCCUUUACUAAAUGAGAGUAGAUUGAUUGGUAUAAUAUCAUUAGAGAAUCUAAAUAAUAAAAAGCAAGAUGCAAAAUAUUUAGGUUUAUUGAUAUCCUAAUUAUUGUUGGCUAUAAUUGAUAAGGUAUUGUAAUUUAAGUUAAUAAAUUAUUAAUUGAGAUAUAAAAAUCUUCUAUUUGAAGCAUUUAUAGAAUUAUCAAGGUAGAAAUCAAAAUAUAAAUUGUAAAAAUCAAUUGAAAGCCAUGCUGAAACACUUUUUGGUGUUGCUAGCAGUAGAUUUUUCUUUUAUAGUUAAGGGACCAUUUAUACAUAUAAAGAUGAUAUUCAUACUAGUGAAUAUAGUUCUGAUAUAGGAGUAAUUGGUUAUGUAGCAAAAACAUAGGAAGCAUUGCUUAUUGGUAAUAUUAAAUAGCAUCACUCAUUUCAUUAAUCAGUAGAUAUGACUAGUGGAUUACCAAUAUUUACAUUACCUUUAGCUUUUGGUAUACUACAAAUAGUUUUGAAUUAGAGUGCAUAAUUGUAAUAAAAUAGUAAUAAAUUAACAAUUAUAUUAAAUUAGAUAAAUCAGUAGAAGUUCGUAAAUUGUUAUAACCAGGAGAGACUUUGUAGAGUAUGGCAUUGAUGUUCACUUAAGUUUGUAAUUUUGCCUAUUAGAUUCUAUAAAAAGAUUUAUAAUGA